AAUCCUCCUCAAACAGCUUGAUUUUCCGCCCUGCCGAUCAUGAACUGAGGUCAUCAAUUCGGUAUUUGUUUACUUUGCAUGUUAGAGAAAAUAGAUCUCAAUUGCCUUGCGUGCAUUGGAAGGUUGCCAUUUAUACGCUUCACAAUCAUGAAGGUUCUUCUCCCCCUUCUAAGUUUGGUUUCCAUUGUUCCUGUGCUUUCAUAUUCUUCAGGGUCAGUUAGGUCUGACUGCAACGAGAACUGCUUAGAAUGUUCGGAUCCCAAGUCAUAUUUUCCCAAAUGUCGCAGAUGUAAAGAAGGCUAUACACUGGUUAAAACUUACAUUCGACGUAGAUGCGAAAGCCAGUGUCCACCCGGAUCGGGACAAGUAUCAGUAUGGGAUCCAGUCGUCAGGGCUUAUAUUUGUGAUAGAAAAACAGAUUGUUACUGGCAUGACUCCACCUGCGUAGAAUGUCUAGGCAGCGGAUCCUGCCUUAAAUGCAAACAGAACUAUGCACUUAAACAAAAAUCCUUCAAAAAUACUGGGCCUAUCAUUGGUCUAAACAAAUGCGUCAACGACUGCGAAACAUGCGUGGAGCCUCGAAGCAAAACUCUUGUAUGCAAGACAGCAGCAGCUUCGUGUUUAAAUAGUCAGGCACCAUCAGCCCCUCAGAAGAAAAGCCGACAAAACCUGCCUUCCCCGAAAGUGCCAACUGGAGCAGUAGGAACCAACCCGUCGAGUAUGGACACAUUGCCUGAACCUACAAGUGACGGAGCAAUGACGGACGGAAAUGAAGACACUAAGCCAACUGUGGAUGAAACAGAUGAUGAUGAUUAAAACUGUUAAGAUUCAGUGAUUCAUAGUUUGAUUAUCUGCUGUCAACAUCAAGUUGUUUAGGUAACUAUCUGACAUGAACAGUGUGAAAUUUGUCGCAAUUCAGUAGAUCGAGUGGCAUAAGUGAGUAGGAAGCCUGUUUUGAGCUUAAAACGUUUUAAAGAUCAUGGAUACAUCUAAAUGAAUAAAGGUUAUAUUCUGACUCUGCAUGUGAUCACUGUCCCUGCAUUAAUCGUAGCCCUUGUUAAUCAGUUUCUCUAUCAAUUGAAAGACUUAUGUUGUAUAAAGCUGGUUUUGACCUGAUGCGACAUCUCUUCAAGAAAAUCUGAAACUAAUGUAAUGAACUUAUUCUGUGUGAUUUCUUUGAACCUUAAUUAGUUAUCGGUGCCUUUAUAACAAUCCUUGUUCGCAAGGUCCUCCAGUAACGUUUCUGGCACACGUGCAAAUCGCUUAAAAAUGGCUUCAGAUGUUGAUUUAUAAAAGCAGGCUAUUAUAGGAUACCUUUCAAUGUCUCCACUUGCGAUGAUAUUUUGUUUUAUGCUUACAGUACUUAUUACAACUUAUGCUGAUAGUGCAUGUCUCAUCUGUAAAAAUGCAUAUAUGUUUUCGAGUUUAAGAUCAAAGGAAGUCAUGUUUCCGAUCUAAGAUUAUAAUCAAGUGCAAAUGCAAACACUUGACAAACGGCAGAAAAAAAUCAACACCGCAGAUGGACGGCUAAAGGAAAGUUUAUUAUUCUGUUUAAAGUAUGUCGAAAAGAACUCUUCGAACCCAAUCAAAUUUUUUAAACCCA